UGUAUGGGCUGGGCUCUGUGCCUGUGUGUGAGGAGGUGUGAGGGGAUGCUGUGAGCUGUGUGCACGGGCAAGGGUAUGUGAGGGAAUGCUGGUGUAUGUAGGUGCUGGCUGGAAUAAGGGGGUGUGUACAGGGGUGGGGUGCUCUGGUGUGUGAGGGAGUGCUGAGGUGUGUAUGUGUGCUGGGGAUGCUUGUGUGCGCUAAGGUAUAAGAGAGUGUUGGGGUGCAGGUGUGUGCUCUGUGUGUGUGUGUGUGCUGGAGUAUGGGAGUCUGCGGGAGAGGGGUGCUGUGGUGUGUCAGGGCGUUGUGGAGUGUGCAUGUGUGUUGGGGAUAUGAGGAGGUGCUAGGGUUUCUGUCUGUGCUGAGGUAAAAGGGGUGGGAGGGGUGCUGGAGUGUUUGUGUGUAUGCUUGGGUGGGAAGAACCAACCUUUGCAUUUAAAACCAAACCCUGCCAAACCCCUUGAGCAGUGCAAAUCAGAGGUUCCCUGGUGUUCUGGGGGAAGACACCACAGCUCAGGACUCCUGCUGGUGAGAGCAUCUGGUGAAUCCGUGGGGCUAGCAGCAGAUCUCCCAAGCAAGGCCCCAUGGAGAACGAGACCUUGGGCUUCGGGCCCCCUCCAGGCAACAGCAGCAUCAACCAGACUCUAGGGAAGAUGCCCCAGCACUCCCUGGAGCUGCAGGUGGUGACCAUCCUGCUGGUGCUGCUGAUCUGCGGGGUGGGCAUCGCGGGGAACAUCAUGGUGGUUCUGGUGGUGUUGCGCACCAAGCACAUGGUGACCCCCACUAACUGCUACCUGGUGAGCCUGGCCGUGGCGGACCUGAUCGUGCUGCUGGCAGCGGGGCUGCCUAACAUCUCGGGCAUCAACAUCUCGGCGUGUUCCAUCACCGCCUUCACGGUGGAGCGCUACAUCGCCAUCUGCCACUCCAUCAAAGCGCAGCUGCUGUGCACCGUGGCCCGGGCCAAGCGCAUUAUCGCUUGUGUCUGGCUCUUCACCUCCCUCUAUUGCCUGAUGUGGUUCUUCCUGGUGGACACGGCCCAGGCCACCUUCUCGGAUGGGGCGCAGGUCAGCUGUGGCUACAAGGUCUCCAGGAACCUCUACCUGCCUAUCUACUUUCUGGACUUCGCCAUCUUCUACGUCAUCCCGCUGGGGCUGGCCACUGUCCUGUAUGGCCUCAUUGCCCGCAUCCUUUUCAUGAGCCCCCUGCCCGCCACCCCCCAGGACCUCGGCAGGCUCAGCUCCACGCACCAGGGCAAGCCCCCAAGCUCCAGCCAGGGCAACAAGGGGGCUCUGAGCUCCAGGAAACAGGUGACCAAGAUGUUGGCUGUAGUGGUGAUUCUCUUUGCCCUACUAUGGAUGCCAUAUCGCACCUUGGUAGUGGUGAACUCCUUCCUGGACCCUCCUUACCUCAACAUCUGGUUCCUCCUCUUCUGCAGGAUGUGCAUCUACCUGAAUAGCGCCAUCAACCCCAUCAUUUACAACCUGAUGUCUCAGAAGUUUAGAGCAGCUUUCAAAAAGUUAUGGAAAUGUGAACAGAAAAGGACUGAAAACCCCACCCAGUACCAUGUACCAAUGUACUAUAGCGUCAUGAAGGACUAUUCCCAUGACAGCUCCGAUCGUGAUAUCACAGAACAGGAAGAUUUAAAUGGUUUCCCUGCAAUAGAAAAGAAAAGUAAACUUUGCAGAUAAUGUGUUGACCAUGAUAUAACAUAGUCUUUGGGAACUAUGUGGUUGUGUUUUACACUGUCUGGAACCUCCUAUUGGAAAUUGUUUCUGGCAUAUGUGGGGAGCACACAGCAAGAUUAAUUAAACAGCUCUUGAGGACACUUAACAAAAUAGAUUUGCAGCGGGCACAUUCAUUUGCUUUUGCUGAGUGCUAAUUUAUUUACAAUUAGUGUGAUGUAUUAGACUUUUGCCAGAAUUUUGCAUGGUCUGUAGUUAAUGUGGUGGUGCAAUUAUAUUUCCUGUUGUGCACAAAUAUUUGUAUCUAUUGAGCCUAGUUAGGGCUUGCAUUGGACACCUUAAAAAAUCUACAUACUGCUGGAGUGGUUAAGGGUCUUCGGUAAGAUAUCUUUUCUCUUACCUAAUGCCUCCCAAGUAGUAGUAAGGGGAACUGUGUUACUGAGGUGUCAUUUUUUCUGGCAUGACAUAGAACCAAGACUCAGGCCACUUGAAGUCAUUGAGUGAAAAUCCCAUAAUGCUUUCAGUAGUAGGAGAGAAAUGGAGAAUUGUAUUCUUCCUACUUAAAGUCUCUCCAGCAUCAAUUACAAUACUCUUCCUUUUCUAUUCUGUUGUAACCUAUGGUGUGGUGUUGCUAUGUACUGUUGAACAGCUGCCACACUCUCUCCCAGAGAUGGCUGCAUCUCAGUGUCAAGCAAAAUGAUAGUGUUAGAUACCAUAGAUAAUUCGUAACUGUUUAAAGUGGCAUGGGAACCUUUGUGAUGAAUGGUACUAUGUAAAUGUAUAAUAUCUUCAUUUCUAAUUGUUGUUACCAUCUAAGAUGAGAAAUGGAUAUUCAGAAUUGUACAGGUCAAUGAAACCAUCCAGUGGAGCAUGUUUCAUAUUUGCAAGAUACUGUUUGGACUAGACCAAAAACAAAGAAGAUUGCACAAAAUUAGAAGGAAUAUUCUGAAUCCUGGGAAUUCCAAGGAAACAUUUUGCUACAUAAAAUAAAUGGCAGGCAUUGGUAAUCCUGGUGAGUGAUAGACACUUUCUGUCAGAUGUGCACCAUACAAUAGAGAUUGUUUUGUCACGAUGUGGCAUCUUAUAGCUCUAUGCCCUGGAAUUAAAAAGGGACUGAACAGUACUUCUAGGGCACUAAUCCAGCUGUACACCUACAGAAGAGAACUCUUGAGAACCAAAUCUGCACUUCAUUCUAACCUAUCUGAGGACUGUACAGCAUAUAUUUGUUUUUGGUAUGGUAUAUGGCUGUGUGUAUAUUAUUAUACUGCCUUUUAUUUAAUUGAUUGGUCCAAAAAUAAUUAUCGGACAAGGAAAAUGUUUAAAAAUGGCAAAUUGUUGUUUCAGAUGCAUAAUUAUGGGAAUGUUUGGGAAUUUAUGGACAAAUGUCUGUCAUGAGCUAACAGCUGGACUGUCAUUAAUGUGUACGAGUUGUUAGGAACCACCUUUCUCAUUACUGUUAUUAUCACUAGGGCUACAUAUAGACUACACCUCUCUGUCGAGAGAGAGAUGUAGAUUAGGCACG